AAUUCGUGGUGAAAGCGACUAGAGAUCCCAAGUAUUUGUUUUAAGAUGUUAUGGGUGAAAUUAACACAACUCAAUUAUGUGAUUAACAACAAUUAUUUUAUUUUCAUUGUGCUUGCACACACACAGACACACGCACUGAACGCACGAACACACACACACGCACACUUACUACAAUCAACAACUAAUUGCAACAGACAGUAACAAUACUUGCAACAACUGCACUUUGGCUUUGGUUUACAUUACUUAAUUUUUCCCCAUUUCACCUGGCACCUACUCGCUUCCCUCUCCUAUGCCUUGUCCCCUGCUAACGAAAAUCUAACAGCAAGUAAAACCAAAAGCAAACCCAAAAAAAAACAAUGUCGGAUCUCUUUACCACUUUUGAUAGCAACGGCGACGCCGAGCACUACCAGCACAAUCCAAAUAUGGCAUCGCCCUCACAGCACAGUCCCAUGACCAACAACAGCAAUUCGUCCUCACAAAAUGGUGGCACAUCUUCUGCUCCGACUGGAUCAGGAUCGAUGCCAGGUGGUGGUGGUGCUAACAAGUCAACGAUAUCCAAUCACACAAAUCCCACAGGUGCCGAAAAUACACCCAUGCUGACCAAACCCCGUCUUACCGAGUUGGUUCGCGAAGUGGAUACGACCACCCAACUGGAUGAGGAUGUAGAGGAAUUAUUGCUGCAGAUCAUUGAUGAUUUUGUUGAGGAUACAGUGAAAUCGACCAGCGCAUUUGCCCGUCAUCGCAAAUCCAACAAGAUUGAAGUGCGAGAUGUGCAAUUGCAUUUCGAGCGAAAGUAUAAUAUGUGGAUUCCUGGCUUUGGCACUGACGAACUGCGGCCGUAUAAGCGAGCUGCUGUCACGGAGGCCCACAAACAGCGUCUGGCAUUGAUCAGGAAGACAAUUAAAAAGUACUAGGGACUAGUUUGUAGAAUAUAUCACAAAUAUUCAAUGUGGGUUCUGUAUUUAAUUUAACUUAAAGUAAAACAAUCAGUUAGAAUUUAUCUAUAAUUUAAACAUAUUCGACAUUGUAAACGAUUGGCAACAUUUCUCUAUAUCUUGAUAUGGAAAUUUCGAGUUUUAAGCAAAAGUUCAAAUCCAUAAAAUAAACAUAGUUUUUAAUUA